AUGGCCGUUGUUAUCCAGCCAGAAACUGCCAAACACAGCCACACUGUCAUCUUCCUCCAUGGCCGAGAUAGCAAUGCCCAAGAGUUUGCGGACGAAUUCUUUGAAUGCGAGGCUUCCCAGCCUCUUGGACAACCACGUACACUUCCAGAUUUAUUUCCAGGCACCAGAUGGGUCUUCCCUACGGCACCGAUCCUCCACUCCAAACGGUUUGACACCACCAUGUCUCAAUGGUUCGAUAUGUGGUCUGUCGAAAACCCCGAUGAGCGAGUCGAACUUCAAACAGAAGGAUUGAAACAAAGCAUCGCCGGCCUUGCGGAGGUAAUAAGAGCCGAAGAGAGUCUUGUUCCUCGAGAGAAUAUUUUCUUGGGAGGAAUCAGCCAGGGAUUUGCGACAGCACUGUCAACCUUCUUCGCUGACGGCCAAAGCUUCGCGGGCCUCAUCGGAAUAUCUAGCUGGAUGCCUUUCGCUAGCAUUGUCGAGGAUCUGGAUUCAUCUGGUGCCGGCAAUGCCCGACUGAUCAGUGCAGUCCACAAGAUGUACUCUGCUCAAUACCCGAAGAAAGGACCCUCGCUGUCUCUGCAGUCCACCCCCAUCUUUCUCGGGCACUCAAUCGACGAUGGUGUUGUCCCUAUCGAGAAUGGGAAGCGAAUGCGGGAUAUUCUCGUGCAUUCCCUACGAUUUGACGCUCAAUUGUACGAGUAUCAGGAUGGAGGCCACUGGAUCAACGAGCCACAAGGUGUGGCUGACAUGGUCGACUUUCUGAAUACAAAUAUGCGCAAGCACGACAAUAAUAAUGCCCGGAACAAUGUCGGGAUCCUGGUCCAGCCCAUGUAA